CUCUCCUCUACUCUCAGAUAAUCUAAUCCCCAGGAACCUCACUCUGCAAUGUCUGACACAUGCCCCUUCCUGCAGCUUCCCCUCGAGCUGCGGGAGGAGAUUUAUUCCUACUAUUUCGACCCCGCAUCUCGACUCUCACCCGGAGAGCUCGGAGGUGUACAGUACAAGUUCGAAUUCAGUCUGUACCGGGUCAGUAAGCAAGUGUACACAGAGGCGCAAACCGUCUUCCGCCGGCGGAAUGUCUUCGUGCGCAUCGAGACGCCGUGGUCGGAAGCCGUCAAGCACAUUGCACAUGACAAUUUUGUGCCCAUUGUCGCUGCGGCAAACAGGGACCUGUUCCGGUAUCACCACGGGCUCAUCUCCAUCAAUGCCCCCGCCCUCGAUGAUCUCCACGCAAUCAUCAUCCUGGUCGAUGACCUACAUCUGUUUGCCCAAGUGUGGUACUACUCGGCGCUCAACUGGCCCAAUCUAAAUGAACAUCUCCGCGUCACCUUCGUGCUACAAGACCCCUACUACUCCGCGGAUCCCAAGCCGAUACCGAUUGUACUACAGAAGCGGCUCCUGCUGCCGUUCGAGAACGUAAAGGGGCUGUAUGAAGUCGAGGUGCAAGGCUAUGACGAGGGCGUAAAGCUAGAGUUAGAGCGACGCAUGGCAAUACCGUACGACAGCGUUCAGGCAUGCUGUGAAAGGAGCACCGCCUUCAUGGAGUCGGGCGACCGCGCAAUGGCAGAAGGCCGCCCUGACCAAGCCCUCCAGCUCUAUGUCAAGGCCCUGCACGCCAUCCACAUCAUCGUCGACGGCCGCACUCGUCGCGUGCUCGCAGACAACUUCUUCCAUUCCGCCAUUGAGUCCGGGCGCUACAGCGGGCAGACCGGAAUCACGGUGCGCAUCAUCCUGCGCAUCAAGCUUGUGUCCCGCACCAUCAACGCAUACCUCAAGCGCCAGCAGUGGGAAGAAGCUGCCUUUUGGGGACUGCGGAGUAUCAAAAUCAUGCGCGAAGCCAUGGACACGGAGUUCGAGGACUUCCUUGCCCAAUUCGUCGGGGCGUUUGAUGUGGGGCUAAUAUAUCUCCGCACCGCCGUGGCGUUCAGGAAGAUGGAAGAUAGCAAGUCCGAAGAGCUCAAGCAAUACAAGGAUGAGGACGUGGCGAGCAGCAGGGAGUUGUUCCCUAUUGCGAUUAAGUAUCUACAAGGCCCGCAUCAGCGGCUUAUAAGAAAAGAGUUAGAUGAGAAUCAUGUGGAAUUAGAUCGCUUGCCGUUUAUCGACGACGCGGCGAGCGAAGUCGACAGCUUGGCGCCAAUGAAUCAGGAGGACGCAGAGAGCCCAUACACUUGCUACCUAGUUUCUCACUAUGUAUUAUCUACUCCAAAUUUCUCCAGCUUAGACAAGUAUCUAUUCCACAACAUAGUAGAGAAUGGCAUGACAUUUGAGGGAUGUCCAAGGGGAGCCCACGCCAUCCACCACGGUUCACAAGACACCGUUUCUGAGUGUGCGACAAGGGGUUUCUUCCUUGCUUAUAAAGAAGAAAGCGCUUCGGUUUUGUCCCUAACCAGUAACUCACUAUAUCUUCCACGGCUGUUAACUACGACUAGUCAACAUUCGGUACAAAUCGAAAAGAAGAAAUCCAUUGCAGCUGACUCCGGACUUAGGCAUCGAGUAUUUAAGUGCUCCGCGUUGUUCCUCGUGCACAUACGUCCUGCAAAGACCCAGAGAAGAGAGGUGUCUCUGCUGAAAGAGUUGAGAAAAAUCGGCUUUAGGAGGGCAGUGACGUGGGGUGUUAGGUCGGAGAAAGCGGUCAGUUGCGUGAAACUGCCACCGCUCAUUAUUUGGACUGGCAUUUGCCAGCCCCGAAAACAACUUCAACCCAUUGCGACAUCUAUGCUCUUUAUCGUGAGAGCACUCAACUGGGAAGUCGGCUCUCACGGCCCUCUUCGUUAUGUAGCAUCCCCUGUUCAGAUGUUCUUGGCCGCGUUUGGUCCACUCGAAGGGCAAUACAACCAUCAAUUCUUGAAUCCAUAUUUCUCUCCAUAUUUCUCUGCAGAGACGAAAGCAAUUGAUCUGGGCCUCCAAUAA